UUUCAACAUAUAAGUAACACAAAAUCAAACUCUUUCGUCCUACCAAAAAUAAAACAAAAUCCCACUCCAAAAUCAACAAAACUCGCACAUUUCUUUUCCUUCCCCUAUAUUCAACAAAAAAAAAAAUGGCACCACCAAGCUUUGAAACCGCGACCACGAAGCCAACUUUGACACCAUUAGGAAAGCAUAUGGGUCGGGCCUAUGUAACCUUUUUGGCGGGCAAUGGAGACUACGUAAAGGGCGUUGUUGGGCUUGCUAAGGGUUUAAGGAAGGCCCAAUCAGCUUACCCGUUGGUGGUUGCGGUGCUACCCGACGUGCCCGAGGAGCACCGAAGGAUAUUGGUUUCUCAAGGGUGUAUCGUUCGAGAGAUUGAACCCGUUUACCCGCCUGAAAAUCAGACUCAGUUUGCUAUGGCUUAUUAUAUCAUUAAUUACUCUAAGCUUCGCAUUUGGGAGUUUGUGGAGUACACUAAGAUGAUAUACUUAGACGGGGAUAUUCAAGUGUACGAUAACAUAGACCACUUGUUCGACCUCCCCAACGGCUAUUUCUACGCUGUUAUGGACUGCUUUUGCGAAAAGACAUGGAGUCAUACUCCUCAAUACAAGAUUGGAUAUUGUCAACAAAGCCCAAAUAGAGUCUGUUGGGCCGAAAAGGAAUUGGGCCCAAAGCCUGCACUUUACUUUAAUGCUGGUAUGUUCGUUUUUGAGCCCAGUAUCUCUACUUACCAUGAUCUCCUCAAGACUGUCCGACUCACCUCUCCUACUCCUUUUGCUGAGCAGGAUUUCUUGAACAUGUACUUCAAGGAUAUCUACAAGCCCAUCCCACUAAAUUACAACCUAGUGUUGGCCAUGUUAUGGCGCCAUCCAGAGAACGUUAACCUUAAAGAAGUGAAAGUUGUUCACUAUUGUGCAAAUGGUUCAAAGCCUUGGAGGUAUACAGGAAAAGAAGAGAACAUGGAUAGAAAAGACAUAAAAAUGCUAGUGAAGAAGUGGUUUGACAUAUACGACGACGAAUCACUUGAUUACAAGUCGGAAGUUGAGAAUCGGGAGAAGUUCUCGUCUUAUAAGGCGGCAGUCACGGAGGCUGGUGUUGUUCGUUAUGUUACCGCCCCGUCUACUGCUUAGAGUUGGAUUUAUUUUCUAGUGUAUAUAUUGAUAUAUAGAGCAUUUUUUUUGUGAGAAUUGUUUUCUUGUUUUGAUUUUGUUCAAUUUGUUUAAAAAAUAAUUAAAAAGGAAGAAUUUCCUUUUGGAUUUAGAAACAAGGGGAAGAAUAUAUAGAGACUUAGUUUAGGAGAGUUGUGAUUGUUCUGAAGGAUAUAUAUGUAAUUUUUAAGGUUCUUGUCUUUUCUGUUUGUAAAAUUUGGGGUACAAUGUGUAUAAAACUUUUAUGAAAUGAAAGGGAAAUUAGAAAAAUAUAUAAA